AUGUGUCAAACGCUCUUUCCCGCGGGCAUCGUCUUCAUUGUCUUGGUUGAGUUCUGCGAGCGGCUUUGCUACUACACCUUUGCGGGUACUCAAAAGACUUGGCUGCAAGACCGCGGCUACAGCAACUCGCAAUCCAGUUCCAUCAACCUGAUUUGGGCGGAAGUGUGCUACGUGUGCUGUUUUGUGGGAGGAUGGCUAGCUUCCACGCGCUUCGGAAUCUUCAAGACUAUUGCCGCGCUCUCCUUCGCCUAUGCAUUGGGUACCUAUCUUAGUGCCGCCGCCGCCCUGCCAAACGUCGAAAGCGUGCCCUUCUACCUGGUCGGGACGUUCGGGCUGGUAGCUUUGGGUUCCGGAGGCAUCAAGCCAAACGUAUGUACCAUGGGCGCGAACCAGUUUGAUCCGGCGGACCCCGAUGCAGAGGAGAAGAGGGCGUCCUUCUUCCUGUACUUCUACCUCACCAUCAACGUGGGCAGUGCUAUCUCUCACGCCUUCCUCUCAAGUUGGGCCACCUCCGGCGUACCGAGUAUCGGGGUUGAGAUUGAGUAUGGGUAUUUCUUUGCCUGGAUGGUCGCUGCCAGCUUUAUGUUGCUGGCCUUUUUGGUUUUCGUGGCCGGGUACCGGAGCUACCGCAAGCUACCUCCAGCUGAAGAUGAGGAACCAGUGGUGCGUAUGUUUUUGCAAAAUUUGCGACUGGGGAGUAAAUCCAUGUAUGGCAAACUUGCCAUGUUGGGUUGGUCCUUGAUCCCUAUCUUCAUCAUUGUCAGCAUCGUCAAUGCCUUCGCGGAGUUGGAAGCACUGAAGAUCGGUUCCGCCGUGGUAGCAGUGGUUUGCAUUGGGUCCCUCAUCAUCGCCCACCUGAAUAACCAGGCUUUUCUUCCGAAGGGCGAUAUCAGCGACUGCAUGGAUUGUGUGCCCCUGCUCCUGGUGGGGAAUCUGUUCUUUGGCAUCCUACAGAGCACCAUCUCCAGCGUCUUCCAGUCCGAAGCAUGCCAGUACAGUGGCGACUUCUUCCGUCUGGCCAACCCGGUGACCAUCGUCAUUGGCACCCCGUUGCUCGACCGCGUCAUCUACCCUGCCAUCAGGGCCUUGACCGGUCGAGAAGUUAGCAUCGGAUGCAAGGUCGUCUCGGGCUUCAGCUUUGCGAUUGGGGCUCAGCUUGUGGCUGCUUCCAUCGAGUAUGCUCGUAAGGGCGCAGCCGUGCUUCCGGUUCCAUCGCACUGCGCUCCCAAGGUUGACGGCGAGCACGUGCAUAUGAGUGACAUCAACUCGUUUUACAUGGUGGCUCCAUAUGCCAUGGUGGGCAUCGGAGAGAUCAUGGUCAACCCUGUCCUGCAGCAUCUUGCGUACGAGGGGGCGCCUUCCAGCAUGAAGUCGCUCCUGCAAGCCUUCAACCUCUUCGCGAUGGGUGCUCUGCCUAACGGGGUUGCUUCCAUCAUCAGCCAGGGAGAUUUGCCCAUGGUCUACUUCAUCAACAGCGCAAUCGGCUUCGUGGGCAUCAUCGCCUUCUUCGUGGUCUUCCGCUUGUCGCCCGAUCGCUUCAAGCAUGGAAAAGCCGAGAAGGGUGUGUGUACCUUGGAUUCGGCGCCUGGGAUGCACGGGAUGGUAGGAUGGUUUAGGGUUUAG